CCCCAUGCAGGCAAAGGUACAUACAAAACUUCACGGGCCUGCUGAUAUUAAUAAAAAAUUUAUAGCCACUAAGGCUAUAUAGAAACAUAUAGCGAAAUUAAUUGUGGUCUGAGGCCAUCUACAUCAAAAGGAACAACUCUUGGCAGUCUUGCGGUAACAGAGGACAAGAUCACAUCUCUUGGAUUAUCACAGUCCAGUUUGUCACAACUUGACAACAGAACAACCCACAGGCCUCUCAAGAUAUAUGUAUAAAAUCUGAGCAGUGAAUUCAACAAAGACAUUUCUCACUGCAUUAAAACCGAUAAAAAUUCCGAUUUCUUCAUUCACUGCAUUGACUAUUCCAACCACGGCAUGGGCAAACUGCUGUACCGCCACGACCAAAUCUCCGUUCACAACACUAAUCAAUUUUCACUGGACGUUAUUCUACACCAUCAGUUUGCUCGCAGUCGACAUCGUACUAAUGAUCCCUCGGAGGCCGAUGUCUUUUACGUCCCAGCAUACAUGGGGUCGAUGCUGUUCUGCAGCAACUAUAACAAUAACCUAAACAAGACUUCGGAGAUGAUCACUCGGUUGUUCCGGCAUUUAAACACCUUUCCCUAUUUUGCACAAGAGAAACCACACGUGACGUCACUUGCUAAAAUAGAGCGUGAGCAGAAUGACAUUGUAUUGGCUCACCCAGGAUGGAAAAAACUAACGUACAUGACUAUUGAAAAGGCUAAUAAAAAAAUUCGGGAUGCAUUUCAUAUGCAGUUGCAGCAUGUAAUUGUUGCGCCAUAUCCAUCCUACAUCCAUUUCAAUAGUACAACAGCAACUAAUACGUACGCUGAGGUUUUAUGUACGCAUGACAGGAAUAUCUUUUUACUUUUAGCAGCAAGUUUACAGAUGUCGAAUCCUUUUCGGGCCAAAAUUAUUGGCCAGUUUGUGAUCAAGACCAAGCUUAGCUUUAAAGAAUACCAGAGUUCUAACAGAGAUCAAGUGAUGCUGGUGACUGUGGAGUGUGAGGGUAACCACCAAUACACGACAAUUGAAUGAAUGCAAAAUUCAGUUUUUUGCCUCCAGCCACACGGCGACUCUCCAACACGGAAAUCAUUCUAUGAUUCGAUUCUCAGUGGUUGCAUUCCAGUGGUUUUUCAGUUUCCACACGAAAAUGUGGAAUUUCCAUUUCAACGAACAUUAAACUAUAGUGAUUUUACGGUGCAGAUUCCAGUAAAUGACAAUGGAGAUUUGGAAGGAAAUAUACCUGUUUAUGAUUACCUUCGUAAAAUUUCACUAACAGAAAUCAAGAGACUCCAGGUGAAUUUGUUAAAAGUGUUUCACCUUUUUCAGUAUCCUGUGAUAAAUGCAGAAUACAACAGUGAUCAUAAUAGUGAUCAUAAUAGUGAUCAGA